AUGAAAGAAUUGGAUUCAAUCCGAGAAAUUUCUAUUGUUGCUCUUAAAACAACUCCAUCUUACUAUAGUACAUUAGAAAAAAUAGUUGGAAAUCUACGUGAAUCAACACGAAAUGCUGAACAGUUGUUGAAAAAUUUAUUUGAAGCAGCAAGAAAUGUUGAUUAUGAUGAGCUCACAAAAUGUCUUCUGAAUUUAAACGGUGCCAAAUGGAUAGAAAAGUAUCGACCUGGAGAAUACUCAGAUGUCAUUAGUGAUGUUAAAAAGAAACUUAUUGAACAUAUAAAAAAUAUGAAAGUAUCUAUUAAGGAUAUGCCUUUAGAUCUUGAAGAUUACGACAAAAUCAACUCUGCAUAUAAAAAAGUAUCAGAAAUGAAUAAAAUGAAAUGUUUUGAGGAAAUUUUUAGCGAUAUAACUCAACAUUUAGAAGAAGUGAAUGAUUGGUUUGAGAAUACAAUAAGUGUUAUCUGUACUACUAUUAAAGAUUCAUUUAGUAUAGAAAAAUGGAAGCAACAAGAAUACAAAAGCUUAGAUUUCAAUAAAGCUGAAAAAACAUUGCAUUAUUUAGAUGCUUGUAAAAAAGCUAAAUUUUUAUUCAAAAAUAAUUGUAUGUUUAUCCUUAGUAGUUUAGAAGAAUAUAUCCGAGAUCAUAGUGAUUUUGUUCAAAAUCAAAUGGAAAGUUGUUUUGAAAACAUCAAACAAUUUCAAAAUACGAAUGAAAAGGAAAUAUCCGAUGAAACUCGCAUACUAUCAAAUCGACUUCAUGAAGUUUCUGAAGUGAAAACAAACUGUUCUCGAGUUUUUUCUUUUUUCUCAAAAAAAGACAUACUUGAACAUUGGCAACAGAAAUUAUCAUCUCAUCGAACUGAAUUAGCAGAAAAAAUGGAAAAACUUCGUCACGCAGGACAAGUUGUGGCUUUAAAGAAUGAACUAUUGAUUGUCAAAAUAUUAAAUAGACUAGAUUUUUUUCUGAAAAAUGAAAAGUAUAUCGAUAUCUAUACGAAAUAUCAAAGUGUAUUGUUUUCAAAAAUCGAUAAUGUUUCUAAAAAUGUAUCAGAGUCUAUUGAAAAACAUCAAUAUGACCGAGUUGCUCGUGAAAUGACAAAUUUAAAAUCAUCAGGUGAUGAUGGAGAACAUCAUUUGGAGCAAAGUAAGCAAGCACUUAAUCGAGGCUUGAAUAUCUUCAUUGAAGAUACCAAGCAUCAAGCAAUAAUGCUUGGAAAUAAUAUAGAAACAAAAACUAUAGAACCAAUAGUAGAAAAUUUAAAACGAAUUCAAAAAGAAAG